GAGUAGACCUUGUGUAGCGCUGUCUGAUACAACAACACGUGUGUGCGGAGACUUGAACGCGGGGAAUCGCCCAAGUCGUCACUGACAAUGUGCUCGGAUAUGUGGACGUAGUGUGUCAUGUGCAUGUAAACCUGCAGCCAACAUCAGUAACAGUUUUGGAUUUAUCAUAACUUUUCAAGGGCAUGACCGGGACGGGCGAGGUGCCGGUUUGGGUGUCAGGACAGCAGCUAUGGGUACGCGGCGUGGACCGCAAGACUACAGUGUCUGAUGUCAUCACGGCGCUUCUGGGUCGUCCAGACGAGGGCUACGUGUUAGUGGAGCGAUGGAGGAAGGUCGAGCGUCCUCUAAACAAUGACACGAGGCUGCUGAAGCUGUGGGCGGCGUGGGGCGAGGAGCAGCGCGAUGUCCGACUGUCGCUGCGAAGAGUGGCCGACGAUGACAGCGGCAGAGGCAGCCCGGCCAGCGUCAGUAGACGGAGGAAGCACUACCGCCAGAAACAGCACCUAUCACAGACCGUGCAUCCACGGAGGUUGGCACAAAUUUCCAAGUCACAGAACAUCGAGAGACUUUUGAAGUUAAUCUUGGUACAGGGGGAGACGAUCCAGAACCAACUGAAGAGGUUACACGACAGGGACGACCAGAUAGACAACCUCGAGGAACAAAAACACAGGACGAGGACGAAGCUGCUGGGUUCCAACUACCUGCUGGAGACUUACCUGGGCGACGCUUGUGGAGAAGAGGAGGAGAAAGAGAAUGACAGCGGCGUCGUAACCGAACAGCCCAGCAGCGAGAACACGAGCACGCCUACGGGAGAAGACACCAAAGAAGAAGACGACGACCCGACCAUAGAGGAGGACCUGGAGGCAGAAAUUCACGACCUGCAAAAACGGAUUGAGCUGUGGGAGAAAAUCGUGAGGGUCAAUAAAAAGUUAGAAAAGGAGGAAGAAUCCGUGUUAAGGUUAACCGUAGCUAUUAAGAGAAGUGACGAACUGAGCGAACUGAGGGGUGAGUUGGACAGAUUGCGAGAAGAGACUGAGAGGAACGCCAAAGAGUUGGAGAGGACGACGUGUACGUUGACUGAGACGGACACGGCGUUGGACUGUCGGAGACGGUACCUGAGGCGACUGCAGCUGGACCUGGAGGUGACGGACGGAGAGACGGAGCGACUGACGAGGGUGGCCGAGGGACGUAGCAAGGGAGACCAUGACUCUGGCCUCAGCUCUCUACACAGCAGCAGCGAAGAGUGUACCUACCAUCCCCUGGACACCCUUGUAUGACGAUGGCCUUCACACCCUGUACAUACUGUAGUCAUUGUACAAUAACUAGCUUUCCAUGACCAGUUCAAAUCUUAGGUUGAGUUUAUUUCUAGUAAUUUAUUAAUGUGUGUUCAUACUCCCAGCGAACUGAUUUAAAGCCCAUCGACAGUAAUAAUCCAAUAUUUUUGAAGUCACAUAGACACAAAUUACACUUGAAGUUCGGUAUUUUCAAAUAAAUUUCUAGCAAAUCUCCUGUCGAAUUAAUAAAACAUGUAUUGGAUUCGCGAAAUGAAUAAAAGGACACGAAAAUUGGAUUAUAAAAUCAAGUUAAUAAACCUGGCGUAUCCACAACACAAUUUAUAUUAUAAGCCCUUGCUUCGUUCUUAAAAGAAUGGCAUACAAUUUCUUAGUUAACAGCGUAUGUGGAGAUCAAAAUUGUCCUCAAUUUUGUACAGUACUUUUACCUUAGACUUAUAAGAAAAAGUUUAAAAUCCAAACAAAAGAAUCAGAAAAAAUAGAGUCAAACGAGAGGUAGUAGGACCUAAGAGAAAUGUUAAGAUACGUUGAUUAAAAACAUUUAUCAAACUAAAUGUUUUUUAAAGUAAAUAAAAUAUACGUCUAAUAAACCUUAAAACAGAUAUUUACGAUUAUACUGUUAAUACACAACACGGUAAAAUUACAUAAAAGAUGGUACGUGGUGAUCGAUUUCGAUUGGACACUCCAAUCAUCAUCAGACCCAAUAGGUGAAUGUAUCCAUGUCAUUCGCCUAUUGGGUCUGAAGAUGAUUAAUGUGUUUAAUCGAAAUCGAUCACCACUUACCAUCUUUUAUGUAUAUUCACCGUCUUGUGAUUUAACAGAAUAAGCGUAUAAAUAUAUGUUUUAAGUGUUAUUAGAUGCAUCUUUUAUUUACUUUCCGUAAAUUUAAUAACAUGUACAAUGCUGAUAUUAUUUAUAUUAGUCUACACACAGUAAUUUUAUAUCUUCACUCUUCUGUCAUAAUAUAAGACAAACUCUUCUACAACUGUCCUUUCCUGGUUUGCAUCUAUUUAUGUGACCUGCUAGUAUUUAAAAUAAAAAAGUGUAGAUAAUGUAAAUACCAAUAUUUAAUUUAAUAAAAAUGUACAUUUUGCUCAUGCCAAAGCAAAUUAUGAAAAUGGGACUAAACUGUUUUGUAAGUACAUGUUGAUUAUUUGUAAAUGUACCAAAUAUAACAAUCUUUAAUAAAAUUUUGU